AUGAAAAUUGUUCUUUGCCUAGUAAUGUUCUUUCUUUUCAUAAACGGUUUUGCAACCGCACAAAAUCUCAUUCAAGACUCUUGCAAGAAAGCUGCAGCUUCAAACCCGAAAAUCAAACUCGACUUCUGCGUCAAGACCCUCGAAGGUAACCCACAGAGCAAAACAGCGAAAAGCCUCGUCGACUUGGUCAUGGCCUCGACCAAGGACGUUGCCACCAAAACAACCAGCUUGGAAGCAACGGCUGACAAGAUUCUCAAGGAGAAGAAGUUCGCAAAGGACAGUGAGAUGCCGUUACGCGACUGCCUUGAGCUUUACACAGACGCUACUGCGUCAUUGAAUGAAGCUAUGGCGAGCGUUAAAUCGCGUAAUUACAAAACCGCCAAGGUGGGUAUGAGUGCUGCAAUGGAUGCACCGAGUACUUGUGAAACUGGUUUCAAAGAAAGAAAGACACCUCAGAAGUCUCCGUUUACGAAAGACAAUGAUGUUUUGUCUCAGACCCUUUCAGUUACUUUAGCUUUGACAACCAUGUUGAAAUGA